GGACUUGUUGAAGACUUUGGUCUCUGAAGGGACAGUGUCUCAUGAGACUGGCUCAGUCUUAGUCUUUCUACCGACUUGGGCUAUGAUGAGCAGCCUCAGCAAACUCCUACAAGCCGACACGAUGCUAAGUCGGUGCAAGGUGAUUAUGCUUCACUCACAGGUGCCAAAGGAAGCCCAAAUGGAAGCUUUUCAGCCUGCACCGGAGGGAAUGGCCAAGGUGAUUUUGGCGACCAACAUCGCUGAGUCCUCCGUGACCAUCGAUGAUGUGACCUGCGUCAUCGAUUCCUGCAAGGUCAAACUUACUUUCUUCACAGAGACCACUCGUUUGUCGUACCACGAUGUGGUCUUUACUGGUCGACAUAACCUGGAGCAAAGGAAGGGCCGUGCCGGGCGCACCCGGCCGGGGCUUUGCUUUCGGCUCUGCACUCGGAGACGCUUUGAGGAGGGGUUGGAGGA